UCGGAGUAUUAAUUUGUUAGUCCAGCUGCUCCGGGAGAAUCAUGAAUCGGAACUUCAUCUUCAAGACUUUCGAGCCCUCUCUUCGUUAGAAACACCAGUUUUUCCUUUGACGAGCGUUCAAAAUGCAUGUUUCGACGAUUCUUGUGGGGCUCACUUCUUUGGUGCUGUCUACUAAUGCUCUUCCUCAUAAUACCCGCAGCGCUGCCCAAUACAAAUUCCCAGACCAUUGCUAUCCCACUCCCUGUGCCGGAAUUCCCUCCCAAAAUGAUACCUAUGUUUGUGGUGACCCACGCUUGGGACCUGUUCAGGCACCCAAGAAGUUCCCUCUAGACAACGAGCUCCAAAGCUACGAGCGCUUUGGCGGCCUGUGUCCCGCGACGUUCCUCGAGAAAUGGGCUGGUUCGACCGACUCCGGUGCUACAUACAAGUACCCGCCCGCCAACGGCUUCGUUAUCAACACUGCUGGUGAACCGAUUUUAGGCAAUGCCACACUGCCUGUCGGUCAGAAGGUCGAUCGCUUCGGUUCGGAGUAUGGCAAGUUCCUCGCACCGUUGGGUGCACCCUUUAUCGAACGCGCCCUGCCACCAAGCAACCUGGAUACCUAUGAUGGAAAUCAUCCGUUCAACUAUUACGUUUAUGAAGUGACGAGGAGCUUCGUCGUUGGAAUGGGGCCUAUUGCGCCGUGGUUCGAGCAGCCGGGUAUGGGUACUCAGUUCGUGACCUACAACAACGUCAAGGAACUCCUAGCAGGAGGAUACCUGCGUCGCUUGACGCCAGAGGAAUACGAUGAGCCACGAGAGUUUUCAAAUGACUAUACCCAAGGCCCAUCCAGGGUCAAGCGCCAUGGACUAUGAUAGCUUGAUCGGGGGCUCAGGCAGACAGUGACCCUUUCACCUAGUGCAUGCUAUCUCUGUUGCAGGCGCCACACUCCGCUCAGCUGUAUCGAUUCUGAAUGAGCUGACAAAUUGUAUCACAAAAGUCGGUGUAUUUGUUUAGAUCACUGCUUCAUUGGAGGAAUGGCAGGUCGAUUUCAAAAGCGACCGGGGUGCUUUUUAAAAGCCUUGUUCAUUAUCAAAUCAAUAAAGCUCGAUGGGCAGCCUCGCCGCAGAAUAAGUACUACCUUGUAUUCACUCGGGAUU